GGCCGGAUCUGAGCGCGCCUGGCGGGCGGGGGCGCUCGGCCCUGCGCACUGCGCGAUGUUUGUCCGCCAUCGCGGCCGAGGAGGAGGAGGAGGAGGAGGCUGAGGGGGCCGCCGCCGCCGCUGCCGCUGGAGGAAGGGGCCUGCGCCGCCGCCGCCACCCGCCCCGCUCCGCCAGGGCCCGCAGUCCGGAGCGAAGGUCGCCGGAGCCCGGCCCGGGCCCACCCGCCCGCGCCCACAGGCGGCUCCGCGCCCGAAGAUGUCGAACCUGAGCAAGGGGACGGGCAGCCGGAAGGACACCAAGAUGCGGAUCCGCGCCUUCCCCAUGACCAUGGAUGAAAAAUAUGUAAACAGCAUUUGGGAUCUCCUGAAAAAUGCCAUCCAAGAGAUCCAGCGUAAGAACAACAGUGGUCUCAGUUUUGAGGAACUGUAUAGGAAUGCAUAUACUAUGGUGUUACAUAAACACGGAGAAAAACUUUACACUGGACUAAGAGAAGUAGUCACUGAGCAUCUCAUAAACAAGGUGCGAGAAGAUGUGCUAAAUUCAUUGAAUAACAACUUUCUUCAAACACUAAACCAAGCAUGGAAUGAUCAUCAGACAGCUAUGGUGAUGAUUAGAGACAUUCUGAUGUAUAUGGACCGUGUGUAUGUACAACAAAAUAAUGUGGAGAAUGUCUACAAUUUGGGUUUAAUAAUUUUUCGAGAUCAAGUUGUACGUUAUGGCUGUAUUAGGGAUCACCUUCGACAGACACUGUUGGAUAUGAUCGCAAGAGAGCGGAAAGGAGAAGUUGUAGACAGAGGCGCAAUAAGAAAUGCUUGCCAGAUGUUAAUGAUUCUAGGUCUUGAAGGAAGAUCGGUUUAUGAAGAAGACUUUGAGGCUCCAUUUUUGGAGAUGUCUGCAGAAUUCUUUCAGAUGGAAAGUCAGAAAUUUUUAGCUGAAAACAGUGCUUCAGUAUAUAUAAAGAAAGUAGAAGCCAGAAUUAACGAAGAAAUAGAACGGGUGAUGCACUGCCUUGAUAAAUCAACAGAAGAGCCAAUAGUGAAAGUUGUUGAGCGGGAGCUUAUUUCCAAGCAUAUGAAGACUAUAGUGGAAAUGGAGAACUCUGGGCUAGUUCAUAUGCUGAAAAAUGGAAAGACUGAAGACCUUGCUUGCAUGUACAAGUUAUUUAGCCGUGUGCCAAAUGGUCUGAAGACAAUGUGUGAAUGUAUGAGCUCGUAUCUGAGGGAGCAAGGAAAAGCACUAGUAUCUGAAGAAGGAGAAGGAAAGAACCCAGUUGACUAUAUACAGGGUUUACUGGAUUUAAAGAGUAGGUUUGAUCGCUUUCUUCAAGAAUCUUUCAAUAAUGACCGUCUCUUCAAGCAAACUAUUGCGGGUGACUUUGAGUAUUUCCUCAACCUCAACUCUAGGUCUCCAGAGUACCUCUCAUUAUUUAUUGAUGAUAAGCUGAAAAAAGGAGUCAAGGGACUAACAGAGCAAGAAGUAGAAACUAUAUUGGAUAAGGCAAUGGUUUUAUUUAGGUUUAUGCAAGAGAAAGAUGUUUUUGAACGUUACUAUAAACAGCACUUGGCAAGAAGACUCCUCACAAACAAGAGUGUUUCAGAUGACUCUGAGAAAAAUAUGAUAUCAAAAUUAAAGACGGAAUGUGGAUGUCAAUUCACAUCUAAACUGGAAGGCAUGUUCAGGGAUAUGAGCAUCUCAAACACAACAAUGGAUGAAUUCAGGCAACAUCUUCAGGCUACAGGGGUUUCAUUAGGUGGUGUUGAUCUCACAGUGAGGGUUCUCACAACAGGUUACUGGCCUACCCAGUCAGCCACACCAAAGUGUAACAUCCCGCCAGCCCCCAGACAUGCUUUUGAAAUAUUUAGAAGGUUUUAUUUAGCUAAACAUAGUGGUCGACAACUGACGCUUCAGCAUCAUAUGGGUUCUGCAGAUCUCAAUGCCACUUUCUAUGGCCCUGUUAAAAAGGAAGACGGCUCUGAGGUUGGUGUAGGAGGUGCCCAAGUAACUGGCUCAAACACACGGAAACACAUACUGCAAGUUUCCACUUUCCAGAUGACGAUACUAAUGCUCUUUAACAACAGAGAAAAAUACACGUUUGAGGAAAUUCAACAAGAAACUGAUAUCCCUGAAAGAGAGCUUGUUAGAGCCCUACAAUCCCUUGCAUGUGGCAAGCCAACACAACGAGUUCUUACAAAAGAGCCUAAAUCGAAAGAAAUAGAAAAUGGUCAUAUAUUUACAGUGAAUGAUCAGUUCACAUCAAAACUGCACAGAGUCAAGAUUCAAACGGUUGCUGCCAAACAAGGGGAAUCAGAUCCAGAACGAAAAGAAACAAGGCAGAAAGUAGAUGAUGACAGAAAACAUGAGAUAGAGGCUGCUAUAGUUCGGAUAAUGAAAUCUAGAAAGAAGAUGCAGCAUAAUGUGCUAGUAGCAGAGGUAACUCAGCAGCUGAAAGCCCGAUUCUUACCGAGUCCAGUUGUUAUUAAAAAACGUAUUGAAGGACUUAUUGAGAGAGAAUAUUUGGCACGAACACCUGAGGAUCGCAAAGUAUACACUUACGUAGCAUAAAAUGCGUUCAAAAAUUUGAUUUAUUCUUGGACUAUAUUCUUCGCAUGAACUGGGAAGUUCUUUUAAAUCAUUAAUAUUAAGACGACCAUCUCUUCUAUUAAAUUACAAUACAUGUUCUAGACCAUUCAGAUCAAGCCUUUUACUCCUUUUGAGAGUUUUCAACAUCAGUUGAUUGAGCUUCAGGCUUUUCAACGUUAUCCCUGUAGAGAUCAUCCUUACAAUUCCUCGGGAAAAUGUGAAUGUGCCGCGUUUGUUUUCAAUAUUGUAUGAAAACAGAAAAAUAAAAACAAAUUUAGAAAAUACAGCUCAUUAAAAAAUAAAUUGUUGGAAUUUCAUUUCCCCAGA